AUGGUAAGACACAAGAGGACUCACGCAGAAGAGAAACCAUAUGAGUGCUCAGAUUGUGGGAAAUGUUUCAGUUGGAAUUCCCUCCUGGUACAACAUCAAAGGAUUCACACAGGAGAGAAACCAUAUGAGUGUCCUGAUUGUGGGAAAGAUUUCUCUUGGAAAUCUGUCCUCGUGAAACAUCAGAGGACUCACACAGGAGAGAAACCCUAUAAAUGUCGUCAUUGUGGCGAAAGUUUUAGUCAGAAUUCCUACCUGGUGAAACACCAGAGGACUCACACGGGAGAGAAACCCUAUGAGUGUCCAGAUUGUGGGAAAGAUUUUACUUGGAAUUCUGACCUGGUUAAACAUCAGAGGACUCACACAGGAGAGAAGCCAUAUGAGUGUCCAGAUUGUGGGAAAAGUUUCAGUCAAAGUUACUACCUGGUGAUACACCAGAGGACUCACACGGGAGAGAAACCAUAUGAGUGCCAAGAUUGUGGGAAAGGUUUCAGUUGCAAAUCCGACCUGGUGAAACAUCAGAAGACUCACACAGUAGAGAAACCAUAUAAAUGUUGUGAUUGUGGGAAAAAUUUCACUCAGAAUUCUCAGCUGGUGACACACCAGAGAAUUCACAUGGGAGUGAAACCAUAUGAGUGUCUGCAUUGUGGAAAAAGUUUCAGUCAGAAUUCCAGGCUGGUAAUACACGCGAGAACUCACACAAGAGAAAAACCGUAUCUGUGUCCAGAUUGUGGAAAAAGUUUCAGUCAGAAUUCCUACCUGGUGAAACACCAGAGGACUCCCACAGGAGAAAACUCAUAUGAGUGUCUGGAGUGUGGUAAAAGCUUUACUCAAAAAAGCUUCCUUCUGAUUCAUGGAAGGGCCCAUACCGGAGAGAAGCUCUACCAGUGCUCCCAAUGUGGCAAAAGAUUUAGCAUGCACACCAAUCUUGUGAGAUACAAGAGGACUCACAUUGGGGUGAAAGUCUUUGAAUGUCCUGAUUGUGGGAAAAGUUUCGCACGGAAUUCUGACCUGUGCGGCAAAAGCUUUACUCAAAAAAGCUUCCUCAUGAUUCAUGGAAAGACCCAUACCGGAGAGAAGCUCUACCAGUGCUCCCAAUGUGGCAAAAGUUUUAGCAUACACACCAAUCUGGUGAGACACAAGAGGAUUCACACUGGGGAGAAACUCUUUAAAUGUCCUGAUUGUUGGAAAAGUUUCACUUGGAAAUCUGACCUGGUGGUACACAAGAGGACACACACGGGAGAGAAACCAUAUGAUUUUGUUCGGAAUUCCAACUUGGUGAUUCAUCAGAAGAAUCAUACGGGAGAGAAACUCUAUGAGUGUCCACAGUUUGGGAAACGUUUCAGUUGCAAGUCUGAACUUGUGAAGCACCAGAAAUGUCACAAACGAGAGAGACUGAAUGAGUGCCUGGAUUGUGGGAAAAUUUUUACUUGGCAUUCCAAUUGGAAUUCCCGUUUGGUAAUACACUGGAGGACUCACACAGGAGAGAAACCGUAUGAAUGUCCGGAUUGUGGAAAAGAUUUCAGUACUAAGUCUAACCUUAUAAGUCAUAAGACUAACACAGGAGAAAUCCCAUAUGAGUGUCUGGAAUGUAGAAAAACUUUCAUUCGAAAGUGCGACUUGAUGAUACACCAGAAGACUCACAGAGGAGAGAAAGUAUAUGAAUGUCCAGAUUGUGGGAAACGUUUCACUCGGAAUUCCAAGCUGAGGACUCACACAGGAGAAAACAGAUAUGAUUUCAUUCGGAAUUCGUACCUGGUGAAACACCAGAGGACUCACACAAGAGACAAACCAUAUAAGUGUCUGUUUUGUGGGAAAAGAGAGAAACCAUAUGAGUGUCUUGAGUGUGGGAAACGUUUCGUAAGGAAUUCCAGUUUGGUGAUACACUGGAGGACUCACACAGGAGAGAAGUCUAGCCUUAUCAAUCAUGUAAGGUUACACACAGGGGAGAAACCAUUCAAAUGCCCAGAUUGCGGAAAGUGUUUCACACGGAAUUCCUCCCUUGUCAAACACAAGAAAUUCCACAUGAGGCGAAAUUUGAUCUCUGUAGAGGUAUCUUGA